AUGGCAUAGUCAGUGGAGUUAGUCACAUAUUUCAGAGGCUUUAAAGAUCAAAUUAAUGAACUCCUCUAGGGAUUAUACCAUUAAAGCAAGCAACUUCUUUUAGAUAUUGAGAAUAAAGAAGAGAAAGCAGUUGAGCUUGCUCAAGUAUAGAAUAAGGUUGAUUAGCAAAAGCCAAAUAUAUAACAAAGUAAAAAAGACAGAGAAACAUCUGAGAGGAAGAAUGAAAAAUCUUCAAGCUCUGAUUCUUCAAGUGAAUCUGAAAGAGAAGUUGGUAAAAAAGCCACUAUGAUAAUCAACGGCAAAGAAAAAAGCAUUCCUGAGUCAGCUAUUGUUAAACCAGGAUAGUCUGAUGAUUCCUCAUCGGAUAGCGAUAGCUAGGACGAGAAAAAUGAUAAAAUGAAGACAGAUGAUAAAUCUAAAAAGUAGUUAGAUAGUAACUAAAUUGCAGUGAAAAAAAGAGGAAGGCCUAGAAAGUUAGAUUAGGGAAAUAAAGAUGCUCCAGUUGUUAAGCGAGUAAAGUAUGAUGAAAAUGGAUAAGUUAUUAAAAUUAGAAAACCAAGGAAGAACAGACAGACCUAGCCUUUAGAUGACGACAAUUCUAAAGUAAGGAAAUUGGAUAAGCAUGAUCAAAGCUAAGAUAAAGAUUUAAAGCUAUUGCCAAAAAAAAGAGGAAGAAAGCCAAAGAAUGCAAUAAAUGAUGAAGAUGAAGACAUUGAGAAAAUGCUAGAAGAAGAAGUUAAUUAAAGAGAGAGGAAGAUGCAGAACUACAAAGGUGUUGAAGAAUCAAGCAGCUAAGAAGAAUAAAUUAGAAAAUCAAAGUAUAGCGAGUCAUCCUCUUCUGGCUCAUCUUAAAAUUGA